CAUGUAGCUCAGCGACGAACAUAACGAGUAGCCGAGACGCUAAAUAAUGUUGUCAGACAGGUCGGUUAAACUGCGUUUCUCAAGCCCAAGUGGGCAGUGCGAUACGGCUUUGAGAGAAGAAGCCAGCUGAGUCGCUUAAACCAGUUUUACGUCAUGUUUAAAAAGUUGCUGGUUGGUCGCCGAGCUAUGCUAAACCAGUUAACCUAGCAGGCUAAGUGUAGCAGCAGACUGCAACCUUUGCCCUCGCGGCUUUCUGUCACUGCCGCUGUGAGGUUAUUUUGCCUGCCAUUUGUUUGUCAGUCAGCCUUUUUUUCUGUGCGAGCUGUCAGCUUCAUGGUCUAAUAUGAGGAGGCGGCGAGUGCCAGGCUAACGAGCGCAAAGGCGUUUCUGUUUUUAUCCAGGACGGACUUUCUGUUUCGGGGCGCUGGGUGAUUACCGCUGGGCUCUGUAUGCGUUUCUAAAUGACUUGACACCACGUUACAUUUGUGUGGAUUAAAACGCUUCCAAACUGCUCGAUUUGAAAGGCCACAGUUCACUCCCGGCCUGAUACAAUGACUUCAUAUGACCGCAGUAAGCAUUGAGUGUGCAGCCCAACUGUCGCCGUCGAGGACCCUCUUCCAUUUAUUCCCGGCUCAUCCCAGUCACUCCGCCGUGACCUCUCAUAAUGUUGGAGGGACUUGUUGCUUGGGUACUCAACACAUACCUGGGCAAAUAUGUCAGCAAUCUUAACACUGAUCAACUCUCUGUUGCUCUACUCAAAGGAGCAGUAGAACUUGAGAAUCUUCCUUUAAGGAAAGAUGCACUCAGAGAGUUUGAUCUGCCCUUUGAGGUCAAAGCAGGCUUCAUUGGGAAGAUCGUGCUUCAGAUCCCCUUCUACCGGCCUCAUAGUGACCCAUGGCUCAUUUCCAUGUCUCAGCUGAAUCUGAUUAUUGGCCCUGCCCAUCCCCAGGAAUAUGAUGAUGCGUGGGAAAGGGAAGCUGAGCAGGAGCAGAAGAAACGGCUGCUUAAAGCCUUAGAGGACAAAUGGAAGAGUGAAUGCGAGCAGAAAGGAGAGUCAUACUGGUACUCUGUCACUGCCUCUGUGGUCACGAGAAUAGUUGAGAAUAUCGAGUUGAAGAUUCAAGGUUUACACUUAAGAUUCGAGGAUAACCUCUCUAACCCAGAUAAACCAUUUGCCUUUGGAGUUUGUAUUAAAAAUGUAUCAGCACAUAAUCCCUCUAAAGAGCCGGCUCCAAAGCUAAUGCGGCAGAAGCAGCUGGAGAUAGAGGAGUUCAGUGUGUACUGGGACACGCAAUGCACCAUGCUUGGAGAUCUUCCUCCUACAGAAAUACAGGAGACAAUGACUGCAUGCAUGCAGAGCCGAGAGCAUCAGUACAUAUUUGAGCCAGUUUGUGCUUCUGUGCUGCUGAGGAGGAAUGCCUCAAAAGAGCCACUGCGAUCUCGCAACACCCCACGCAUUGAGGGUCAGGUGCAGCUGGAGCCUCUGUCACUGCAUCUCUCUCAGGUCCAGUAUCAGCAAAUAAUGGCCUUUCUCAAAGAGCUUGAUAGGAGGGAGAGAGAGCUGCUUUUUCGCAAGUGGAGACCCAAAGUCCCUGUCUCAGGAAAUUGCCGCCAAUGGUGGAUGUUUGCCAUCAAUGUUAACUUGGAAGAGAUCAGGGAGAAGCGAAGGCGGGGGAACUGGGACUUUGCCCUUCAGCGAGCGCGGGAUGCACAGCUCUACACUAACCUUUAUAGCCAGAGGCUUAAGGGAGUUACUCUGAGUCCACAGGAGGAGAGUGAGUUUGAGAGGAUUGAAGAUGAACAGACCCUGGAGGAGUUGCAGAGUCUCAGGAAAAUCGUUCAUGAUGCCUUUCGCAAACAGGAGGAAAUUGCAGAGAGUGUAAGAGAGCCCAUGUCAGAGCCAACAGCCACCUCUCCAUCCAGUUCCAUUCCCAAAAGUGGCAGUUCGGGUAUGAUCCAGUACCUGCAGUCCUGGUUCCCUGGAUGGGGUGGUUGGUAUGGAAGUGCUGAGAGGGGUCCAGACGGGCAGCCAGUGACAGAUGACCUUAUGCCAGAAACUACUCAAUGGGAUAUUCUGGCUGAAACAGAUGACCUAUUUGACCCUUUGGAGGACUCUCAGACUCUCAACACUUUUACUAGGAGGGAUCACCUCUUUGCACGGCUGGAUUUCUUUCUUGAGAAGGCAGCUGUCACUCUUUUCCAGCAAGACAAAUUCAAUCCUUUGUCCAGUGAGAGUGGGGUGAUUCAGUUGGAGUUUUCAGGGGUGAAGAUUGGUGUUGAGUCUCUGCCCCGAUCUGAGUCUUCUCUGCUCUCUGUAAGGCUUGGAGGGUUAUUUCUCAGAGACCUCACCACCCAGGGCUCCAUUUUCCCUGUGCUUGUCUCUCCAAAACCAGAAAAGGUUGCUGUUUCUAACACUCAACCCUUUGGACAGAGCAAUAGUACAUACAAAGGCAACACAGCUACUUAUAUGGAGUCUUCUGCAUCCCCUGUCUUUGAAAUGAUCUAUGAGCGUAACCCAAUAAGAAGCAAAUUUGAGAGGAGACUGGAGGUUAAUACCAGCCCUCUCAAUAUCAUCUACAACCCUCAGGCUAUCAAGAAAGUGGCUGACUUUUUCUACAAGGGACGAGUUCAUACCUCAGGGUUCGGAUAUCAGUCAGAGUUAGAGUUGCGAGUGGCUGAGGCAGCAAGGAGGCAAUACAACAAGCUCAAAAUGCAGACAAAAGCUGAAAUCCGACAGACUAUAGACCAGCUGCUAGUUGGAGAGUUCAUUGAGAAUAGUAAGCGUUGGACAAUGAAAUUGGAUAUUUGCACCCCCCAAGUUAUUUUCCCAGAUGAUUUUCAGUCUGAGGACCCCAUGCUAGUGGUAGUUGAUCUUGGUCGUAUUCUUCUUACCAACUCCCAAGAGGACCCUAAAACAAAAUCCAAGGCCUCGCAAUCAGAAGGAGAUGAAUUGAGUGAUGAGGAAUACCAGACUCCUCUAGCGACACCCCCUGGAUCUCCUCCUCCUGAACAAGAGACAGAGUUUAAAGGGCAGGAGAAGACCCCUGACCUCUGUAGCCUUAAAUCAGCAGAGGGAGCCCAGUCCUUCAGCAGAAUCUUGUAUGAGAAGUACUCUUUAUCUUUUAAUGACCUGCAGAUCAUGGUUGGUCGCUACAAAGACAACUGGAAACAUCUGCAGGGGAGUGACGUAGGGCCCACCCAUGUAGUGGAGAAAUUCAAUGUGCUCUUGCAGCUGGAGCAGAGGCUGCGUUACACCUCAGACCCACAGCUCCCUGGGGCAGUUCUCUCAGGGACCUUACCAGACCUAAAAGUGCACAUCAACCUAGAGAAGAUGACUGCACUGAGAAGCUGCCUGGCUAGGCUAAGUAGUCACGGUGCAGACGAGAGCAUGGGUGACAAGGGAGAGACCAUGAAAUCUCCUGAUCCUUUAACACUCCGUCAUGAAAAGAUUUUUCAAAGGGAGGACAGCCAGUGGAAGCUCCAUGGGUCUGACAAAAAUCUCACAAAGAGUGUGAUGACCCUUGAGCAGCACACACGGGAGGUGCUGGUUGAAUCCAGACUUCUCCUUGCAGAAUUCAACAUUAACUACAUGCAGCUUGGUGUUGAAAGUGGAGGGCGGUAUAUAUCUGUCCUAAAGGUGUUUGGUACAAAUGCUCAUUUUGUAAAGCGACCUUAUGAUGCUGAGGUCUCACUAACAGUCCAUGGUCUUCUCUUGGUGGAUACUUUACAGACAUAUGGCGCUGAUUUUGACCUCCUUGUGGCGUCUCAUAAGCACCUCAGCUUUGAUGUACCCACUGGCAGUCUAAGAGAAAGCCAACCCACAUCACCAGUCUCACAAGAUGGGAAGUCUCCAGAGCCUUCAGAACUGGGUCUGCCUUUUGACAAAAUAUCACCUCUCAGCUCAUUUCUUAGAGAUCAGGAGGCUCUCAUUAAACUGGAAUAUCAAUUUGUCAGCUCAGACUGCCCAUCCAUGAAGUUGGAUAGUUCCCUUCAGGUCACCUCCAUGCAGGUCAACAAUUUGGAUAUUAUUCUCAACCCUGAAACUAUUGUAGAGCUGCUUAAAUUUCUCCAGCAGUCCUUUCCUAAGGAAGAAAGCACAUGGACUCCCUCAACACCACAGCCACUUAUGCUGCCCAGUGGACAGGACCAAGAGGAGACCUAUCAGUCUACUUAUGAUCAGAAUAAAGAACUGACUGUAGAGAUCCACAGGUUAAAUUUAUUGCUCUUGCGAACAGUUUCAACUGGAACAGUUUUAGGUGGGGAAAAGAGGGGCAUGAAAAUCGCCACAGCCAGUAUAAAUGGGACAAAGGUCAACGUAUCAAUGGGUAGUCGUCUGGAUAUCAAUGGCUCCCUAGGAUGCAUUCAGCUUGUGGAUUUGACCCAAGAAGGCGGAAGGGGUCAAUUUGUAGUCAGUAUAGGCAAUUUAGAAGAUGACCCCUCUGCAGAAGUUUCUGGAUUAACAAUUCCUACUUCAGGGUUAACUGCCUCUGAGGCUUUAAAUUUCCACCUUUUGGAAAAGUCUCAAGGAGAGUGUUCUCUGGAGCUUCAUAUGGCAUCAUUGCACUACAACCACUCGGCCAAGUUCUUGAAAGAGCUCAGUCUUUCUGCCAAUGAGGUAGAAGACAACUUUCGCUCUAUGCUGAAGUCUGCUGCUACAAAAGUUUCCUCAGUUCUGGCUACCAAAACAGCAGAAUACAGUGGAAUGGUUUCUCUCUUUGAGACUCCAUCCAGGCGAUCCAGGUCACAGAGUCAAAGCAACUGGACACUGGACCCCUUUGAAGAUGAAAUGGAUCUUACGGAUUCUAAGGAAAAGCCAGGAUUGGACUCCUUUCUGGUCAAACUUACUCUAAAUGUCAGUAUAGAGUCGCCUGUUGUAUCUAUUCCUCGGAAACCUGGCCACCCAGAGCUUCUUGUUGGUCACCUAGGAAGCAUUACCAUUCAGAACUUUGUAGCAGGACAGGACAGGACAGAGGGAGAGAAAUUACAGGUUGAAGUCAAGGAUAUAAGACUGUAUUCUGUCAAUACAAGUCAUCUUGUCCUAAAGAAAGGACAUCGCCUUGACAGCAGCCCCAGCUCUAGCCAUUCACCCUCUCACAACAGCAUUAACUUUGAAGAGCCACAGUUCACUCGCCAUGACUUCUUUGAGUAUUUAAGUCGUGGAAAAGCCUUUCACAUUCUAAAAGACACCACCAUCCAGUGUACUCUAGAGAAAGUUCCCAUAGAUGAAGAGACACAGUUCACCUUCCUGUCAUGUGAUGAACCAUACCACGGUACAGGAUUACUGAGAGUCGAGGGCAAGUUUGUAAAUGCUGUUCAGGUUUUUCUUUGCAAACCUGUGUAUGAACAGGUUCUUCAGACUCUGGAUAACCUAUCAGUCAUUGAGGACCAGAGAGCAACUCCCAGUCAACCGCCAACCCCCCCACCCCCAACACCGUCCUCCACCAAACCACAUCGCUUCCCUGAUCCACAGGGUGGGUUGUUUGCCCGUGACCCACCUCUUAUUGGUUUGUCUUAUUCUUCAAUAUCAUCCUCCCUCUCAGCCCCUCUGCCCCUCCAGAACACCAGCUCUCCUCUGCAGCCUCCCUCUUUCACCCAGGUCAGAGCCAUUUUCAAAGUAUCUGAGCUCCAGGUGCAGCUGAGUGCAGACCUUAGCCAAGGAUCUCAGGGCCUGGUCAGUCUGCGCUUCCAGGACCUUGAAGGAGACUUCACUAAGGACCAUCCUCACUCCCUGUCAGUUCAGCUGGCCCUUCGCUCCUUGUUAAUGGAAGACCUUCUGGAGCAAAAUCCUGAGUCCAAGCAUAAGCACCUCAUGGUUUCCAGGGGUGCCCCCAAACCAUCUACCUUCAGCCCUAAAGAAUAUCUCUCCCAGUCAUGCCCAUCGGCGUCCAAUGCCUUGUACCCAGAGAUGCCACGCUCACUGCCCGCUCAAAUAGAGGAGGCCCAGAAUGUCUUCCAGUUUUAUCAGAGACACCCCAGUACUCCUUCAGCAUCAAGCCAGAAAACUAAGAAAGACCCAGAAUGCCCCAGCACCCCUCCCCCAUCACCUUCUCGGAAUACACCAUCCCCUCAUCCUCUGCCAGACUUUGAUGACUCUUUGGUUCACAUAAAUGUGCUUUUGGUGGACAGACGACACCCUGAGUUUAAGACCCGCUAUGGCAGUAUUGGUCGUAGUGUAGAUGUAGACUUCAACUGCCUGGAUGUUCUCAUCACAUUGCAAACCUGGGUUGUCAUUCUGGACUUCUUUGGCAUUGGUUCUACUGCCAAUAACCAUGCUUUGAAAGUGCCUAGUUGUUGCCCUCAGCCUGUACCUGGACACCCACUGUACAACACAGCAUCUGGUGAUUUAGCACUAGACUUGUGCCCUGAAAUAAAUGAGGAGGAACUGGAGGAGAAGGUCAACACCAAAGUCGACCUGAAGGUCCAUUCUCUGUCUCUAGUUUUGAACAAGAAGACUAAUGAGCUGGCUAAAGCUAGUGUCUCAAAAUUGUUGACACACUUAGAAAUGAUUGAUGGAGAUCUUGCCUUGCAAGGAAGCCUGGGCAGUCUGUCACUGAGUGACCUGACCCCUCAUGGUGACCUGUACAGGGAGCGCUUCACAACACGGGGUGGAGAGGCACUUGUCUUCAAUAUAUACAAGUAUGGACAGCCUGACCCUGCCCUAGAACGGGAGUGUGAUAUGAAAGUGUCUCUGCAAAUGGCGUCAGUGCAGUAUGUGCACACGCAGCGCUUCCAGACUGAAGUGGUGGCUUUCAUUCAGCAUUUCACCCAGUUACAGGAUGUUUUAGGCCGGCAGAGAGCAGCAGUUGAAGGCCAGGCUGUACAUGAGCGUCCACAGCGAGCUUCACGCAUACUUUUGGACAUUGAGGCAGGGGCUCCUGUUCUCCUGAUUCCAGAGAGCUCCCGUUCAAAGCGCCUCAUAGUGGCUAACCUUGGUCAGCUCAAAGUGAGCAACAGAUUCCUGCCAGCAGGCAGCCGAGGCACCUUCUCUCUCAGAGACAAGGAUCAGGUGAAAAAUGCUCAGCCUGAAAAAUGCUCUUCAAAAACAAGUGAGGAAGCAUCAACAGACAAACUCAAAACCUCUAGCACCACAGCCUCUGGCUUCACCCUCAGCAGGCCACAGCCAGCUGUGGGACGCAUCCCUGAUGCAAAUAUGCAUCCAAAUCCAGAGGAUCACGCAUGUCUGUUGGAUUGCAUGCCCUGGAUCUGGAAGAGAUGACUUAUUUCUGCAGAACGGCUACCCUGUGAACCGUGGGACAGUGGAGGGAAGCACAUGGAACACGACUUGGUGUUCACGUCCUACUCAGUACGCCGAACAGGAGGCAGUCUGCUGAAGGAUCGCUGCCACCUUAAACUUAAAGUGGAACGUAAUCUAGACAAGGAGUUGAGUCAUGCAGUCCCAGACAUGUCCAUCCAUGGCAGCCUGUCAUCUGUACACUGUUCCCUGGACCUGGAGAGGUACCAGCUAAUUCGUGGACUGCUUGAGCACAACCUUGGAGAGCCUGUGGAGGAGUUCCUUAGACCGUACAACCUACAGGAUCCCAGCAGCUAUACGGUUCUGAGUGACCGUUAUACAGGCCUCUCUUUCUUGGUUGACAUGAUGAAUGUCAGUCUGGAGUUACUUGACAGACCCACAUCAACUGGGCCUAAGCGGUCUUUGGCCAGGUUUGACUUUAUGAAAUCCAAGUUGCUAUUUGAGAGUUUUUCAAAUGGCUCCAAGUCUGUGAAUUUGGUGUCUCAUUCACUCCUGGCCUAUGACACACGCUACAAGGAGUCCAGCAGAGCCUCAGAGGGCAAGAACAAUGUAUUUGACUGCAUUCUACAGCCCUCAAAAACCGGCAACAACCGGGCUACCCUGCAGUUGGAGCUACAUUACAGAUCUACUAGGGACUCCUCGUGUUUCACUGUGGUCCUGAAUAACCUGCGAGUGUUCCUGAUCUUUGACUGGCUCCAGCUGGUCAGGGACUUCCUACACAUGCCAGUGGAAAAAGGGACAGCGCCCACUCGCCAGCGCUGGCCAAGCGGCAGCAGUGACCCGGGUACCACAGGCGCGGUCAUGCCCAAGACUGUCAAAAGUGGAGUUGUUACAAAACGCUCUACUGUUCCUGUCACCCACGACAAAUAUUUGGAGGUCAAGCUUAAUGUGACUGGGACAGAGUUUGUAGUUGUGGAAGACUCUUCAAGUUUGGACACCAAUGCCAUCAUUUUGAAAGGCACCACUGUUCUCACCUACAAGCCUCGCCUUCUGGACCGACCCUUCUCUGGCAGCUUGGCUGGCAUUGAGGUGUUCUCAUGCCGACUGGGCAGUGAGCAAGAGACAGCCCUGUCUAUCAUUGAUCCUGUCAAUGUGCAAGUGGAGCUCUGUGGCAGCCCUACCUACCAGAGCAGCUCAGGGUUGCUGGAUGCCUUUAACAUCGAGGACUUUCCCCCCUUGCUGGAGAUCCAGUUUCCUGCUCUGGCUAUCCGACUUUCCUACAAUGAUGUGCAGCUAUUCCUAGCAAUUGCUAAGUCUGUCCCCACUGGCUCCUCUAGUAUUGCUGACCCUGAUUCUGCUUCUCAGACAGCUCCAUCCACUGCUAGCCCAGACACUACCUCCAAACCUAAAGACAGCUUCAGGCAUCGAACAGAGGCCCUUCUAGAAAAUCAGCUAACACGCUUACAGGACCUGGGAUUCAGGAAGGAAGACUGCAAGAGGGCUCUCAUUCACUGCAAAGGACAGUUGGAUCAGGCUGCAACAUGGCUGCUGGAGAACGCAGAGAGCAUGUCUGGAAGAAGCAGGGCUAACUCUGAUUCAAGCUCACACUCAGCUACCCCGCUCUCUGGGGUGGAGGUUAAGGCUGAGAGUGUGUGCAUCUGUUUUAUUGAUGACUGCCUGGACUGUGAUGUCCCCCUGGCUGAGCUUACCUUUUCACGCUUGUCAGUACUGCAGAGGAUUGGAUCUACCCAAGAAGGAAAUGCGAGCUUCACUCUGUCUGGAGAUUACUACAACAGAGAGCUCUCAGGCUGGGAGCCGUUUAUCGAGCCCUGGCCAUGUGUCCUGAACUGGCAGCAGCAGGCGGCAGGCCGUCUCCAUCCUCCUCGCCUGAAGAUGGGAGUGCGAGCCAAGCAGAGGCUGGAUGUGAACAUCACCUCUGUCUUACUGGAGCAGUACAGCACCACCAAGACUUCGUGGUUAGCAGAUUACUGUAAGGAAGACGAGCAGUCGCCACAGUCCUCCGCCUCCCUGUCUUGGAUGGGCUCCUCUGUGGAUCCCCCCUCCUUUGGUCAGAGUGUGCCUCUUGCCCACCUUAGAACUAGGAGCACUGCCAGCUUGACUUGCCUUGAGCAGCAGAUUCAUGCCCGAGCGGAUGUGAAGCUGUCUAAAAGGAGGCAGCCUUUUGUUCCCUAUGCCUUACGUAACCAUACUGGAUGUACUAUGUGGUUUGCCACCCUCACCACCACACCAACCAGGGUGGCACUGUCUCACAGUGGUAGUGCUGACUCUAUAUCAGACGUGCGUGGGCCCGGGACAGAUGACACACACAACAUCAGUCAGUGGAGAGAGGUGCUGCCAGGAGAAGAGAUUCCAUUUGAGUUUGAGGCCCGUGAGAAACUUAGACACAGACACACCCAUGAGCUGAAGCUGCACCAGCUGCUGGUGCGUGUUGGAGGCUGGGAGCAGGUAAAGCCUGUGUCAGUGGAUAAGGUCGGAGUGUUCUUCCGUUACGCUGCUCCUGAUCGCAAUAACCCCUCAAACACAGUUGGCAGCCCAAUCAGCAGAACCAACAUCAUACAUCCCCAUGUAUAUUUCUCAGCCUUGCCCCCUGUAAGAGUGGUCUUCUCCAUCACUAUGGAGGGUAGUGCACGCAAGGUCAUCACAGUGCAGUCCGCUCUGAUGGUGAAAAAUCGUUUAGAAGUCCCCAUGGAGGUACGACUGGACAGCCCUUCAGCUCCAGACAAACCAGUUGUGCUUCCACCUAUUCUGCCUGGGGAAGCCCUGGCUAUCCCUCUCCACUUGACCUCAUGGAGGCUUCAGGCUCGGCCCAAAGGUCUGGGGCUGUUUUUCUGCAAGAUGCCAAUACACUGGACAAGCGUGGAGCGCCCUGGAGAGAUCAGCAGCAGCAAGAGGGAGUGCCAGUCAGCUGACUUUGAUGACCAGCUCAAACGCAGCUUCAGAUUUUGUGUUGUUAUCAAGAAAGAGAGCUACCCAGACCAGCAGCCUGCCAAAACAGUCUCUGGUGGUGCCAAGCAAAUCUACCGGCAGCCAGGACACACCAUCUACCUACUGCCCACCUUGGUGCUGGCUAACCUGCUGCCCUGUGACCUCAACUAUUACAUUAAAGGGACUUCAAUCAAAGGAACCAUGAAACCGGGCAAAGAGGCAGUGCUCCAUGGUGCUGACACCUCACAGAAUAUAGAAUUAGGUAUUCUUAUGGAGAACUUCCCAGUGUGUAAAGAGCUGUUGAUUCCUCCUGGGACUCAAAACUACGUGGUGCGCAUGCGUCUGUAUGACACAAACAAACGGCUCCUGUGUCUCACGAUCCGCAUCAUUCUCCGAGCACAGGGGGCGCUCAAGAUCCUCAUCUCUGCUCCUUAUUGGCUUCUAAACAAGACUGGGCUGCCUCUGAUCUUCCGCCAGGACAACGGGAAAGCAGAUGCUGCUGGGCAGUUUGAGGAGCAUGAAUUAGCCAGGAGUCUGAGCCCACUCCUCUUCUGCUACACAGACAAAGAGCAGCCUACCAUGUGCACUAUGCGUGUUGGUAAAGGGAUCCACCCAGAUGGUGUUCCAGGCUGGUGUCAGGGUUUCUCUUUGGAUGGAGGGAGUGGAGUGCGAGCAGUCAAAGUAAUCCAGCCCGGGAACAGACCAGGACUCAUUUAUAAUAUUGGAAUCAACGUCAGAAAGGGCAAGGGACGCUACCAGGACACCCACAUUGUGACCUUUGCACCUCGCUAUCUGCUUGACAAUCAGUCUACACACAAACUGGCCUUCUCACAAAGAGAGUUUGCUAAGGGAAAGGGCACAGCAAAUCCGGAUGGCUAUAUCUCCACCCUGCCAGGCUCCAGUGUGGUGUUCCACUGGCCAAGGAACGACUAUGAUCAACUGCUUUGUGUCCGACUUAUGGAUGUACCUAACUGCACCUGGUCUGGAGGGUUUGAAGUCAACAAACCAAAGUCUUUCCACGUCAAUAUGAGGGACACUUUGGGAAACUGUUUCUUUCUCCGAGCUGAGAUCACCCUGAAAGGUGCGACGUAUCAAAUCUCAUUUAGUGACACUGACCAGUUACCCCCACCCUUCCGCAUAGAGAACAUCUCAGAGGUGCCUAUUCAGUUCUGGCAGCAUGGAGUUCCAGACAUGAGAUUGCAUACGGAGGUGAAGGCUGGGGCAGUGUUGGACUAUGCAUGUGAUGAGCCCACUCUUCCCCCUUACCUCACUCUGACUGUAAAAGGAGCUGGCUCUUCUGAGGUCUCUGCUGACAUGAACUUCUUUAGAGAGUACAACAAGCUCUACUAUGAAAACUUCAUCUACAUCGCUGCCACUUUCACCUUCUCUCAGGAUGUAGGUAAAAGACCAGGUGUAAUGAAGCGUAUGGCCAGCAGUGCUGAACUGGUGCUGGAUGUUGAACCAAAGACACAGAGAGUGAUACUGAAGAAAAAGGAGCCAGGUAAGCGCUCUCAACUGUGGAGAAUGACAGGGAAAGGAAUGCUUUGUCAUGAGGGUUCCUCUCCUCCUCAGAGUAAACCAGCCCAGCCCCGACCUCCAGACUCUUCACUGGUGCUGGACAUUGCUGGGCUGGCAGCAGUCACAGAUAACAGUUAUGAGCCACUGAUGUUGAGACGGCCAGACUCUCGCCGCAGUACGACCCAGACAUGGCACUUUAGCUCUGGCAUGCUGACCUGCGGUUUACCCAGACUGGUGGUGCAGGUGAAGGGGGAAGUCUCAGGGUUGUUUGAUGGUGCGGAGGUAGUACUGGGGCCUACCCAGGGACUGCUUGAUAUGCCCCCAGAACAGCAGUUCAUGUACCAGAAGAUGAGGCCAGGCUCUGGGGUGCUGUCUGUACAGGUUCUGCCUGAUGGACCCACUCGUGUACUGCAGAUUAGUGAUUUUAAUCAGCGGCGAAUGAACAGAGCAUCUCCCAGCACAGAGGAGGAUCCGAGCAAGGAGAACAUUCAUAAGAGAGCUGCUGAAGAGGAGCUUGAGGUGUUGGUGAACCUGGAGGAGGGUGUGGGUCUUUCUCUAGUGAACAAAGUGCCUGAGGAGCUGGUGUUCACCACACUGUCUGGCAUCAGUGUGCACUUUACCCGCACUGCCGCCAGCCAGAUGUUAGAGCUCAGCGUGCAAAACAUUCAGGUGGAUAAUCAACUCCUGGGCACCACUCAACCUGUUAUGCUGUGUGUGACUCCAGGCUCACUCGAGAGCAGUGUGGUGGACUCUGGACCUGCCUUGCAAGUUAAUGCUGUCAAAGUACCCAGCAGUCUAAUGCUUACAGAGCUCUUUAAACACCUAAUGGUCACUGCUCGGCGGUUUACGGUCAUCAUUGAAGAGAAACUCUUGCUCAAGCUGCUGGCAUUCUUUGGCUAUGGACAAACAGAAGAGGUUGAAAAGUUGGAUGAGAACCUGUAUGAGAAGCCAACUGAGGACACAGGACCUCCAAAACGCUACUACUUUGAGAACCUGAAGAUCAGCCUCCCUCAAGUCAAACUAAGUGUCUUCACCUCACACAAGUUGCCUCCAGACCUCAUGGCUCUAAAGGGAACCUUGGGAAUACCACUCAUUAAGUUUGAGGAUGCAGUCAUCAACAUGUAUCCCUUCACUAGAGUUCACCCUUAUGAGACCCAAGAGAUUAUCUUCAAUGAUAUACUGAAGCACUUCAGAGAGGAGCUGCUCAGUCAGGCUGCUCAGAUCUUAGGAUCAGUAGACUUCCUGGGCAAUCCCAUUGGCCUGCUGAAUGAUGUUACAGAGGGCGUAUCAGAGCUCAUCAAGUACGGCAAUGUGGGAGGUCUGAUCCGCAACGUAACACAUGGGGUCUCCAACUCGGCAGCUAAGUUUGCUGGUACACUGUCAGAUGGACUUGGCAAGACAAUGGACAAUCGGCACCAGAGUGAGCGAGAGUACAUUCGUUACCAUGGAGCUACAAGUGGAGAACACCUGGUAGCAGGCAUUCAUGGUCUUGCUCAUGGUAUUAUCGGUGGUCUGACCAGUGUCAUCACAUCCACUGUGGAGGGUGUGAAGACAGAGGGAGGCGUAAGCGGCUUUUUCUCAGGUCUUGGGAAAGGGCUCGUCGGCACAGUGACCAAGCCUGUGGCAGGAGCGCUGGAUUUUGCCUCAGAAACAGCCCAGACUGUAAGAGACAUGGCCAGUCUGAGCAACCACAGACUGAGUGUGCAGCGGGUGAGAAAGCCACGCUGCUGUAAGGGUCCUCAGAGAUUGCUACCCCGCUUCUCCUCCACACAAGCUGAUGGACAGGAGCAACUCUUUCGCCUCACGGACAACAUCCACUCUGAAUACUUUAUCGCUGUAGAGCCCAUAGACACCUACUGUGUACUCAUCUCUUCUAAAGUCGUAUACUUCCUUAAGCCGGGGGAAUACGUGGAUCGGGAAGCAAUUUUCCUGGAAGUCAAAUACGAUGACCUCUAUCACUGUCUGGUCUCCAAGGAUCAUGGGAAGGUGUAUGUUCAGCUCACCAAGAAAGCUGAAAGCACUAGUAGCGGAGUUGCCAUUCCAGGCCAGUCUCAUCAAAAGCCUAUGGUUCAUGUGAAGAGUGAAAGCCUUGCUGUCAAGAUCUCCCAAGAAAUUAACUAUGCCAAGAGCCUUUACUAUGAGCAGCAGCUCAUGUUACCCCCCAGUGAGAAUGAGGACAGCUUAUUAUUGGACUCCUAGCUAAAUUAAAUCAGCUUAGUUUUACAUUGUUUGAAUUGAAGGCAUUUUUCUUGUAGAAUGUUUGUGGUUUAAAAGAAACUGAGAGAAAAAAAGAAUGGGCACUCGUUUAGGCAGUCGUCUGCACAUGAUCGUGAAGAAGGGAUUGUUUCAUAAUGCAAACUACUCUACUGUAAUAUUCUUAAUUAAGCACAGAUUAAACUAUGACAAAUAUGCAAGUAUUUUAUUAAGUUCUCUGUUGAACUUAGAUGAUAUAUAUUUUGUUUUACAGCUGUUUAUAGAGUUUGAGUAGUAUUUGUUGCUAAAAGUAUGCAUAUAACUAAUGUUGUAUAUGUUUGUGUAUAGAGCAAAUAUGUACAUAUAUAGAUACACACCAGUAUGCUACUGUCUGCCAUGUAUUGUACAUAUCGUUAACAAGACAUUAUGGAGAAUUAUAUGGACGCUGGGAUUGAUGUACAAAACUGCCUUUGAAAAAGUUUUUUUUCUUCUUUCUUUUUCUCUAUAUAUUUGAGAGAACUGUGUGGUUAAUACUUAAAUUGCACUGAUGUUGAUGUAACACAUUGCUGCUGCUGCUGCUCUCACUGCUCAUUAGUGAGCAAAUACCAACAUAGAUCACCACUCUGCAUGCAGUCCUGCCCUGACAUUUAAACCUCUAGAGUUUAUUUAAUUCUCUUUUUAUUUAUUUGUAUAUCUUUUCUAUAAGCCUUUUAAGAACUGUUUUUGUGACACAACAGCAAAUAAAUCUUGUGAAUCGCUAUUAAUAACAGAUAUGCUUACUGUUUGUAACACAAACGGUACUCUAAAAUGCUGUAAGUUACAUGGAAACUGGUAAUAAUAUUAACACUACAAUCAUCAUUAAUAAUUUGAUAUUUGACCUGGAUGUAAAGUGUAUAGACAUUCAUUUUGUUUCAAAUAAACUACUUUUACUCUGCAGUGAUUCAA